AUGGGUCCCUUCCUUGAUGUCUCCUUGGAUGUGGCCCAACGUGACUCCACCUCCCUAGCUGCCUGUUCAUCCUCCUACUUUCAACCGGAGGCGAUCAAUGGUCUGCUCUUUUUCUCUCAAUGCGAAGUCGGUCGUUCGGAUGUCAAAAAAUUCAGUCUCUUACACCUACCGAACGUCCUUUACUUCUACCUCAAGCGGUGUCACCAUGAUACCAAAAUAACCAAUUCAAACAACUUUCGCGUGGAAUUUGACUGUACGCCUUUUGUGGCCCAGUUUUUGAUCUCCAAGUCAUCCUGGCAAGACCGGUUCUGCCUAUACGCUGGCUUGAUUCGUAGUGGUCAGACGAAUUUCGGCCAAUACAUAGCCUGCAUCCGGUUUGGUCCGGGCUCUUAG